CAGAUUGUUUGUGUUUAUAUGGAAGGUCCAUGAAAAUUUGAUUAAGAACCUUCCUCUUGAAGGUAGAAUAUUGAUACGAGAGCACUCACUAAAAGAAGCGACUCCAGGCGGACAAAUGUCGGUGCAGAUUACAGUAUCUCAAACCUUGUGAAUGUAAAUCGUUCAAGAGUCAGUUGUACACAAUUAUGAUUAAUUCCAUUCUUAUUGUAAGGAGUGGAAAGUUAUCUGGUAGUCUUGCAGUGGGUUCGAGGUCUAAUAAUACUUGCCGAAGGAUGAGCCUCUGAGCCUAUGAGGUACUCGUAGCUUGUGUUCGGGGAACUUGCCGUAGACCUCGGCAGCCACGCGACAUGACUUCACGUAUGUCCCUGCCACCUCCUGCUUUGUCGACCUCAAGCCCCGCGACAUCCAACAUCUUGCGUCCGCAAGCAUGUACAAGCAAGCGACGCAGAGGACCACGGAGGUCCUGUCUAUGCCAUCAAAAUGGCUGGGCGCAUAUUCCGACUUUAUCACCAAGAACAACAGCGCAGUCACUCAGGUCGAAUCGGCGCUGCGCUCCUUAACAUACAUCAUACCCGGCCGAUAUAGAGAAUCCGAAAUCGCGUCAGAAUCUUUGCACAGCGGCGUUCAGCUCCUUUCAUUAUACCAUGAUUCUCUCCUUGCAAAGGCAGUCGCGCGCCUUCCUGGCUCGCCGCGCCAUCAUCCUUCUCCGCAUAAUCGAUACACUAGCUUCUGGACUCAGAGAUCACCGACUUACAAACGUGUUGCGCUUCUUCUGCAGAUGGUCCAGUACACCGAGCUCCUCUGGGAAAUGGCAGCGAAGAGGAAAGGCGAGAAGAUGCGAUGGCGUGUUAUCGUAUUAUUGGAGGUCGUGAAGGCGUUCUGUAGGCUUCUCCUGAUGCGCCUGACCAACUCGAGGCCGCUAUUGUCUCCACCAUUGCCUCAGAGAGAGGUAGAUCCCUCUAGCUUGGAAGAUUCCAACGCCUCUGCGGACGGCAUGGAUACUCCACCAAGUGAGCAAUCAGUGGAGAUGGAGAACUGGAAAAUGCCUCGAACUGGCUUGUCUCUACCAAGCCUUCCGGAUUCCUCGGAUAUCUCGAGCUAUCUGCUUUCUAAAGUCCUGACCGCAGACGAUAUCAAGCCUCCAAAGGCCCUUCUACACCGAGUGAGUGGCAAAGGCGAGAUUGCCGAAGUAUUGCACAUCCUACGACCCGUCGCAUACGCUAUCGCAAUGCAACAUUUCCGUGGAGAUAGGAAGAGCUGGCGACCUUGGUUGAUUGGCUUGAGCAUUGAGUACGGCGCACGUCAAUUGGCAAAGAAGGACUUCCAGGAACGUCUAGCAGGCGGACUUAGGGGCUUGACCGGUUUGGAAAAGGAGGAGCUGAAGAAACGAGGCUGGGCCCUCGGAUGGUGGAUGAUGCGGGGUGCGUUCUACGAAAACAUCACCAAGGCUUGGAUACACAGUGUCACUCGAAGGCUUCGAAACAAGCCUCUCUUGGAUAUUGUCGGAGGUGUUAUCGAAGACUAUGAAUUCCUCUGGGACCAGUACUACUUCCCGACAGCCACAAUGUAAUUUCUUUUGUUGGCGUUCAUUGCUCUCUGUUACUGUGUUUGCGUAUUGGGUGCGGGCUUUUGUUGUAUUGAUAGGGACUUGGGAAUGGAUGAUACCGAUUACUGGGGAAGGGCAGGAGGAUUUAACAUGAUAUCUACUUGCGAGACUACCGGAAUAGUCUGCAUUCGCGAUAGUAUAUAUAAUUCACCACGCAUCGCAGCAAUGCGUGCUAUACCAUUUUGAAUGAUACUUACUACUCG